GCUAGAGCAGCCCGAGCCCUUUGAGCCCUAGCCCAGGCCUGUGCCGCGCAGGCCAGCAUCCCUGCGGGGAGAGCCCAAAGCGGAAAGCUGAACCCUAAACGAGCCACUUGGGGAAACUUGAAGGAAAAAAACAAGAGGUUUUAAGAUCUUAGGACUCUGGCAAAGGCUGGCGCAAGCAAACGUGCGGCAGGAAGCUUGAGCCCUCGGGGACCCCGGGAUCACUGUGCUGCGCGGUAGUCACGUCCUGCGCGGCCGGGCGGGAGGGGUGGAAGGCAGCGCGGUUAUUUCGGGACGGGCUGUGGUUUGCAGUACUUGCAGCGCCUCGGGUUCCCCAGCUCUCGCUGGGCCCAUUUCUUAGGGCGAAAUGCCUGCCCUUCACAUUGAAGAUUUGCCAGAGAAGGAAAAACUGAAGAUGGAAGUUGAACAACUUCGCAAAGAAGUAAAGUUGCAGAGACAACAGGUGUCUAAAUGUUCUGAAGAAAUAAAGAAUUAUAUUGAAGAACGUUCUGGAGAGGAUCCGCUGGUUAAAGGAAUUCCAGAAGACAAGAAUCCUUUCAAAGAAAAAGGCAGCUGCAUUAUUUCAUAAAUAACCCUGGGGAGCAGCGUCAUUCUCAGUGGAAUAAUUAGUUUGUUUUAGUUUUUCCAAAUGAAACCGACCUGCCUUUUAAGGAAGGAAAAACUGAAAUUUCAAUGAGACUUUCUUAAGCACUCGAUAGAUAUGGCUAUGUAUAAAAGCCUCUGUGCUUCUCAUCUUUGCUCACUUUGCACCCUUUCUUAAAGAGGGCAGAGAGAAUCAAAUGUACAAUUAUGGAAGUAAGGACAUUACUUGUGCAUGACUCACCUCUUCCGUAUAUUGCUUGACGCCUCAAAUAAAGUUUUAUCU